CACUCCUUUACCGCACCGCUCCAGGCGCAGGACAGAGGCGGCCUUCACAACUACGCGCUCCUGCGCACUUUUUUGUGAAAAACUGUCAGCUGUGACUCUGUGAGCCACACGUGGGUGUUCUUCAACAAGAGGCAGGUGCCUGGUUCUCCUUUUACAUAAAGACACCCAAAAAUGGGCAGAAUGUGAAAAGUUUGCAGCAGUGCUACCAAAGUAUUAGAAGUUGGCUUUUGUGUGGCUGGCGUUUUCAGUUCCUGAUUCCCAGUGAGUUCCAAAUUCCCUCAGCGCUGGAAGCAGCUUCUUUGCAAAGGACCAGUUUACAUUGAACUAUCAUGGCAUCUAGCAAAUUUGUCAUUAAGAUAAUCCAAGAGUUCCUGAUUUAAAGGUGUGGGAACUUUGCUGUUCUGGUGGAUGUUCAUAUUUUGCCCCAAGGCUCCAGUAAAGACACCAGCUGGUUUUCAGAUCAUGAGAAGGAGGAAGUCUGCAUGCUGCUAGAAGAUGCGGUUGCUUCAAGGGUCAAACACUACUUGGAAGCUCCUAAACAACGUGGUCAGUGGAAAUCGAUGGAACAAGCAGCAUCUGCUCCGUUGUUUGUAACAGGCAACAGUUUUCACAUUACUGCUCACUUUAUGAAGAGAUGGGUUAAUCUCCGUUGUGUUGUAGGGGAACGUUAUCGUGAGCUACGUCUAUUUCCAGACAGAUUUGUGGUUUGUGUCAGUAAACUUGAAUCUGUUCCAGGUGCUUGGACAUGUGAGAAUGGUGCUUUGAAAGAAAAACUUUCCAAUGGGACGUCUGAAUAUUUUACUGAAUCUGCUGAGAACAAAAAGCUUAAGCUUAGUCUGACUCAACAGAUAAAGCAAGACACCUUGAAAAAAAUUGUGAAAAGGACAAAAACAAGGAAAAGUAGCGUGAGCAAACCUCAAACCAGCAAGGAUUCUGAGAAAGUGUAUCUUGGCUCAGUGGACUCACAGAAAGGGAACAGAAAGAAUGACUGUCAGACUUCUCCCAAUCCUCCAUCUGAAUUAAAAUGUAGGAGCGUAGGACAGCUAAAGGAUUGCAUAAAUACAUCUGAGAGCAACUUGGAGCUUGGUGUUUUAGAGCUGGAAAACGAUGCUCAUCAGAGACAAUCAGAUGAUGCGAGCAGCCAGCGAGAACCUCACUCUGCGGAGUGGUUAGAGACGAGACUUCUAAGCAAAAACCCUCCUUGUAGCUAUGAGUCAGCACUGCUAGAUCCAAAACAAAGUCAAAAAGUGACUAAAACACAGGCUCAACAACAGAGUUGUGAUUCAGAAGAAAAGUUUGACCAUUUCAAAAAAGUACAAAAAAGUACUGAAGAGGCUCCUUUAAUUCCUAGCAGUAUAGAAAUGAGCAAGUGCAGUGAUGAUUGUUUAGGUACGUUCUUGGAGGAGAAGACCCCAUUUAAUUUAAGGUUGUUUUCUAAACAAGACUUGACAAAGACGAUGGCUGAUGAAGAGUCACUUAUUUUGGGAAGCAAACUCUCCAGACCUCCUCUUGAGGGGAAUAAUACAGUGCAGACAAAAAAAAAUGAGCCAGACACAACCACUGAGGAAUUAUCUGUGAUGCCUUCAUCAUCUCGUUUUAAACUGCUGUCUAUGUCUCCAGAGAAGCUUAUCCAAAAAAGAAAAAAAGCGGUUGAAGAUGGUCUCAGAAAGUUAAAGCUGCGAAGGCUUAAGAAGCCAUGACAGUAUCUGAAAUGUUACCUUGAUUAUAUGAAUCAACAACUAGAUUUAUAUUCAGAAAGCAUAUAUAAAAAGUAGGAAGUGAGUCAAAAUCAUGAAAAACAAUAAAAAUGCAAAAAGUCUAAAUGAACUUUUUAAGGAAAUUUAGUAAUUAAACAGCUCUUUGGUUUGGAACUGUAAUUAAGAUAAUUCUGUUAAGUUUUUUGGUAUUGAGAUGUGUAAAUGUUGUAUGAAACAGAUGUAGUAUUUAUAGAAAGAAAUUUCUUACAAUAUUUACUAAGCCAAAUUUCUGAUGGAUGUCUAUUUUGGCACUAUAAAAAACUUGGUAUCAGCUGGUGACAGCAAAAGUUAAAACCACUUUCUUGAUCCAUUGACACCUAUAGUUAUCAAUUUUUGCUCAUUUCUUAUCCUAUAAUUGUUUAUGUUAGUUGAAAUUAAUUAAUUAUUUUUAUUUCUGUGUUAGAAAGUUCACGGUUUAGUCAUAUGAUCCUUACAACAGUAAAGCAAAUUCAGAUUAUAUCAAAUAAAUCUUUAACCAACCUUUAAUAUUGCUGAUAAGUUAAGGUGUAUAUUUUUAGUGGGGUUUCAAAAUAAUUAUAGUUUGUACUAUGCAGUUUUGAUAUGAAUAUGUAUUUCUAACAUGAGCUGCGGAUGCAAGUGAUCGUGUAUUCUCUGUUUGGAAAAAUUAAGAUAGGUUUUAUAUUUGCAGUCACUGAAUCUGCAAACUUUGCUAUUGGGGAAAAAGUCAUAUAUAAAUAUGCGUAAACGUAUUCAUGCAUGCAUAUUUCAAAAUCAAGCCCUGUUUGGGUGCAAGGACAACAUACUGUAAUGUCUGGUUUUUUUCAGGUGUUAGUGAUACUUGAGUUAUUAGUUAUUUUAAGAUGGAGUUAAUUUUUAAUUGUACAGCUCUUUUUAAUACUGCAUUUGUAAAUUAUAUGCUAAUGUGCUACGGGAAAUGUAACUUCUUAUUUCACAUUUAUCUUUUUAAAAGAGGUAAAAUAAAAUUAAAAGCAUUUUCAUUUUGAUCAUUCUCUCAAAAUCAAUGUGAGCACAGAAAUUGUGUGUGAAGCAAGUUUUGUGAAGUCUUACAUACAGUUACUACUGUGACUAUCCUUGUUUAGUUUAGUAGGAACAUUCACAAAUGCAUUCGAGCUCAUAGAAAGCAUGAUCACUACAAGACACUUUUUUCUUUUUUUCUUCCAGUCUGUUUGCAUGGUGUUUCUGACAGUAUUUUGCAAUAAGGUUGCUUUACCAAUCUUCAGGCCUGCAAAAAUGUCUUUUCUGAUAAGAAGCAAAACCAAAGCUGCAAAUGAACCUGAGUUUGGAAGAAAAAUAGCCUAAGGUAUGUUUGCUGUUGUCUUUUGUAUGGGCUAAAGAUGCUGUGUUAGACAUCAGGGAAGGAGGAAGAGCGCUUUUUGAUGGACUUGAAAAAGUUACAAGGAUAUAUUUAGUGAACUAGUUAUCAGAAAAAUAAGAGUAAUUAAAAUAGAAUCAUCUUGAGAGUUUAUAUUCAAGUCUUGGCAUGUAUUUUCUGGACGGAUUGUUUCAAUGCUUACAGUAUAUCAAUUCAUAAAAAAAAUUAAAGAAGCAUAUAUUUUAGCCUACAGCUGUAAGUUACUGUUUUUUCUACUUUUUGCUUGAAUCAUUGUGAGUUUUCUAUUAUAUUUUCAGGUAUAACACAGCUACCUACAAGAGAGGUUC